GAGAAGCAAAGUCUCCAGCAAUCAUCUCCAGGGCUGAGAAAGAUGGCUACAAGAAGACUAAAAGGAAAAGACAGUAAAGCAGUUACCGCCAUAGCCAUUGAUAAGGAUAAGAACAGCCAACACGCUUUGAAAUGGGCUGUUGAGAACAUCAUCAUCGAUUCUCCAAACUGUAUCCUUCUCCAUGUUCAAACCAAAUUGAGAAUUGGGGCAGGAGAAAACACAGAAGCUCCACAUGACAACCAAGAAGAGGCUCAUCAGUUCUUCCUUCCCUUUAGAGGAUUCUGUGCUCGGAAAGGGAUUAUAGCAACGGAGGUUCUUCUUCACGAUAUUGACAUCUCCAGUGCAAUUGUUGACUACAUCACCAACAAUUCCGUUUCAAAUAUAGUCCUUGGAGCCUCUGCACGAAAUUCUUUCCUCAAGAAGUUUAAGAGCGCCGAUGUGCCAACGACUCUGCUUAAAACAACCCCAGAUACAUGUGCUGUCUUCAUUGUGUCUAAAGGAAAGCUCUUAACAAGCAGAUCAGCGAGUCGGCCUCAGACACCUCAAGGUCCUCAGACACCGCAAGGUCCUCAUACAUCGCAAGGUCCUCUUACACCGCAAGGUCCUCAACACGCUCCUCAUCCUUUAAAACAUCCCGCAAUGAUGUCUGAUCCUGGCCCAACAAGUUCCACUUCCAGUGAAUCCGGAAGGUCAUCUCCUGCAUUAAACGGAGAAUUAUCUCCACCUACACCUCAUUACAAGCCAUCUUUCAAUAGGAGUUCCAUGUCAGAGCUUAGCAAUGAAUCUCCCAGUGGUCACAGUGCUGAAUCAAAUGCUAGUUUCUACAGCAUCCUAGGACGAUCCACCUAUGGAGGAAGCUCACACUCUUCCAUGUCUGAAAUGACUGAUGGAGAGGAAAGCUUAUCAGGGGGCAAUAUCACUGAACACCAGAAUCAAAAUCUUGAAGCAGAAGUGAGAAGAUUGAGACUCGAAUUGCACCAGUUUAAUGCUUCCAUAUGCAGAGAAAGUGCCCCUCAUCUUCAAGGACCUAGAGCUACCGCCGAAACUGAAAAGCUGGAGGAAGCAAAGGCAGCAAGAGAGAUGCUUAGGGCAUUGUCCGAGAUGGACAAUCAAAAAACACAGAGUGCGAUCCAAGCAACUGAAAUGGCACAACGUCUAGCGGAAAUAGAGACCCAGAAGAGAAGACUUGUGGAGAUGCAAGCCAAGUUCAAGGAACAGAACAUGGCCGAUAGUAUAUCCUACAGACGAUAUAGCAUCAGAGAUGUUGAAGGUGCUACCGACGGUUUUUCAGAUGCUCUAAAGAUUGGGGAAGGAGGGUAUGGACCUGUGUAUAAAGCCGUUCUUGAAAACACUUCUGUUGCCAUCAAAAUCUUGAAGUCAGAUGUCUCACAAGGCCUGAAGCAGUUUAACCAAGAGAUCGAGGUUCUAAGUUGCAUGAGGCACCCUAACAUGGUAAUCCUCCUCGGUGCUUGUCCCGAAUAUGGCUGCCUUGUGUAUGAGUACAUGGAAAAUGGAACACUAGAAGAUCGUCUCUUCUGCAAAGAUAAUACUCCACCAUUAUCUUGGAGAGCACGAUAUUUAAUCAGCAAAAUCAGUGACGUUGGUUUAGCUCGGUUGGUACCUCCCACUGUUGCUGAUAGCUUCUCCAAUUAUCACAUGACUGCUGCGGCCGGUACAUUUUGUUACAUCGACCCCGAGUACCAGCAAACGGGAAUGCUUGGGGUGAAGUCUGACUUGUACUCAUUUGGUGUGGUGCUUCUGCAAAUCAUCACAGCGAUGCCAGCAAUGGGUUUAAGCCAUAGAGUAGAGAAAUCAAUUGAGAAGAAGACAUUCCGAGAAGUUUUGGAUCCAAAAAUAUCAGACUGGCCUGAAGAAGAGACUCUGGUGCUAGCUCAAUUGGCUUUGCAGUGCUGCGAGCUGCGGAAAAAGGACAGACCUGAUCUUGCUUCCGUUCUGUUGCCUGCACUGAGCAAGCUAAGAGAGUUUGCAACAGAGAAUCAUGAAGUACAUAACUCCGAUAAAACAUUUCAUGAGUCACGUGCUCAAAAUUCGGUUCCUCUUUCCCCAAUAUCUUCCUCUCAGACAGAUGAUGCUUGGGAAAAUCCUUUUGACAGAAAGAUUGGAACGUCGACGUAGAUCAAAGUGAAGCGACAUUGGCUAUCUCUGAGAUCCGCGAAGCACUUGUUCAGUUUAAGCAUCCGAUGCCAUCCCAUACCCACCAGAAGAAGGUGAUUUACAUGAUCAUAAACAAGCCAAUGCAAGGGAAGUUGUUGUCAGUCUUUCAUGAUUUGUACUCCACCCAAAGUUCAAUGUUGAACUUCCAUAGUGUCGGAGUUCUUAUCUUGUUUAUCAAACACUUUAUUUUUUGGUCUCAUGAAAAGAAACACAUUUAUUAUAG